CAUUCUGGAGAGAAGGGGGCGCCAAGAUGUCUUUCUUCAACAUAUAUCUACUAGGACACCAGCAUUACUUUCGGAGUAAAAAAAGAAACCCAACCAAAGAAACAAACCAGAAGGAUGCAAUGGCCACAAGGCUUCCCCCAAUCACCUCAGAAGAUGGUAAUUAUUCUGUCCACCAGAACAGCCAUGAGAGGUACCAGGAAGCUGUGCGAAAGGUGCUGUUAAGAUCAUUCCCCAAUCAGGUCUUCAGAGUCCCUGUGACCGACGCACAGAACUUCAGCUUCUGGCGGUCCAACAGCCCAGGCGUGCGUCCGGAAAACAUCAUUCCUUGGGUCAAGACUCCACGCCAUUGUCUCAUCAAAAGCCCAAUGACCAGAUUUGUGGAUCAUUCUCAUCUCAAUGACAAAACCUUCAGUCUAUACUGAGGAGGGCGCUCCUGCAGGACGAAUGAAAACUAGAAGGGGUGGUGAGGAGGGGUGAAAACAGGGGAGGAGGCGGGGAAGAAUGCAGAAUAAACAAACUGAACUAG